AUGGGCAUUCCAGAUCCAAGACAAGACCCGGUGCUUCUUAGGGAGCAUCAGUUCCGAAGCACGCUUGAGAGAGAACUAGUUGUUCCAGAGGAGACCCACUCCUUUGUCCCUGUGCGAGAGCAGGGGUUGGGGCUGAUGAACUACGACCUUGUGGACCCGCAGCGGCUCACGAACGAGGGGGCCCUUAAGAGAGAUACAGUUAAGUCGGCAGUGGGGGUGCUGACUAGCGGGACGGUGGUUAUGAUAGUCGUCGUGGUAAUGGUGGUGAUAGGAUACGUUGUGUACCGGAGCAUCUACAGGAGGGCCGUCUACAGCGGCCGCGAGCUGAGAACGGUGGAUAAGGCCCAACAUGAUGAGGAGGCUGGCCUGUACGGGCAUCACCUUGGCCAUGGUGGUCCCGCUGGUGAACGUGUGGUGCUCUACACCCCCCGAGAGUCGAGCUGUCUCAACACCACGUCGUCGUCUUCGUAUGUGUGUGAGAGCUCUGCCUCUCUUGGAGGCUCGUGUUCCUCGAUGCAAGAGAUGGACCUCGAUUUGGGGUUGGAAUUGAAUAUGGACCUCAGAAUCGUUCAGAGACAGACAUAA